GGCCCUCCCAGCGCUCAGUCACCCGCUCCCGCGCUACAGGGGCUCUGAGGGCGAAGCGGAAGCCCAUCCAACCCACAGCCAGAGACCCGUCUGCAAGCACCUACUAGGUGCCACGCCCCAACCCGGGUCCUGGGACCCGGCUGAGCUCCCAGCCCCGGGGGCGGCGGCUGGAGGUGCCAAGUGCUCCCCAAAUACAAAGUCGGGAGCGCGGGGCGCGCUGCGAACGUGCCACGGAGGAGUGAGGUCACCGCUUGGUGGCCCAGUUUAGCUCGGUCUUGUUGCUCGCUCUUUGAUUCGUCGUUAAAUAAGAAUGCAAAGCCCAGACAAUGCGUAAGAGCAAGUACCUUCUCCAUGUUAAAACAGUUACAGAUGUUAUUAUAAAUAAUAGCCAAGACUCACUGGGCGUGUCCCACGUGCCAGAGGCCGUUGCGUUGUAUCUUUUUCACCCUCCGCGCCACCCCUCCGCGUAGCUGCUGUGUUAACCUCGUUUUACAGAGAAAACCGAGGCACAGGAGGACUGGGGAACCUGACGAAGAGGAGGGAACUUUCCGCAGCUCCAUCCGCCGUCUGUCCAGCCGCAGGCGGUAGAGACACCUGGCGCCAUGGAAUCCAGCCAGGAUGCCCCUGGCACCUGAUGCCCCGCCCACCGCCCGCGCACCCGCUGCCACCUGGACUGCUCCACUUCCUAGCCCAGACCCCACCGACGCCUCUGCCGCCCCGACUUCCAAUAAAACGUGUUUUCUCUCCUGACAGCAUUUUGUGGAUACAUCAGUCCAUCGGUCUUCCAGCUGCCGCAGCCGUGCCUUCAGCGCUUCGGCAUCCAGCCUCCCCUGCUCCAGCCCGGCAUGGCGACCCCAACCCAGGCCCCCACCAAGGUUCCUCAGGAACCUGACCCAUUUCACUAUGACUAUGACACUGUGCAAACCGUGGGCAUGACUCUGGCCACCAUAUUGUUCCUGCUGGGCAUCCUCAUCAUCAUCAGCAAGAAGGUGAAGUGCAGGAAGGCGGACUCCAGGUCUGAGAGCCCAACAUGCAAGUCCUGUAAGUCGGAGCUUCCCUCCUCAGGUGAGGGUGAGAAAGUGUGUGGUUCUGGGAGGAGGACAGGUGGGAGCAGGAAAGGGGUCAUUAAAAGGGGAGUUGCACUGUAUGUCCCUAAGAAUGGGGCUACCAACCCAAUGGGUGGACAUGAGAGAUUCAGUAGGAGCUGAGAUCCUGCAGCUCAAAAUGUUAAACCGUGGCUCGUCAGUGGGAUGUCAAAUGUCCUAGCGUCCACUAAGCCUCCAGACACAAGGACACAAGCUUAUAGAAGCAAGGAUGAGCUAAUUCCCCCGAGUAGAAAGCCAGAAGCCUGGGAAGAGAGGGGGGGCCCACAUGGGAAAGGACUUCCGCAGUCAGAAUAAGACAGAGUUGAGUCCUAGAGAAGCAGAAAGCAGAUGUUUUCCAGACUUAAUUGUUCAAUUUGGAAGAUCUAGAAUGAAAUGCAGGAGAGAAGAGAAGGAACUGAGGAAGAAAUGGGUGAAGGAAGGGCUUUUGAAUAAUGGUAUCAAAAUAACAAAAGGAGAGAGGUAUGGAAUGCAGAUUUUUAAAAACUGAUGUAAGUAGCAUGAAACAAUGGAAAGGGAUAAAGAGC